AUGGGGGACUUAAAGUACAGUAACAGGUUGCCUUGUGAUGGAGUCAGCAGAGAUAGUCCAAUACAUGACAGACUUGUUCAGUGUAAACAGCGUAUCGCUCCAUUUGAUUUACGGUUUGACUCGGGUGAUACUUUUGCCGCCAUAUACAGUGCAAAGAAUGGAGGAUAUCGUAUUCUGGCUUCUAAUGAAGGAACUGAAUAUUUCAAUGGUCAUGAAGUUAACAAAUCGAUAGAAGUCAAGUUUGACAGGGAAAGUCCAUAUCAUUGUACCAGUGAGAGUGACUGUAUUAAUACACCAUCAUACAUGCUCAAGGUUGCUGAUGAUUUCACAAAGACCGCUAUCCAGUUUACUUGGAAUGGCUGGAGGGACAAGUUAUCAAAGGUUGCUCGAUACGCUCUAGAGGUUUUCAAGCUGGAACCAGAUGGAACAGGCGCCCUUAAAGAGCCGUACACAGAUACAGUAGAUAAUCCAGUACCUUUAAACAUAACUGAAUUCAACGAAACUUCUUCUGGGAAACAUAAAUUUUCCUAUAGACCAGACAAACCAGGCGUUUAUUCUUGGAUUUUGGAAGUAAAUGACAAAGCCAAUAACUCGGUGUAUGUUAGGCGUAUUGUUAUUUAUGAUCCAGUUUCAGCUGUGACAAUAGACAGCUCGCAAAGAUUGUAUGCGUCCUCUGGUAAUCCGAAUGCAUCUUUUAACUGGCAAACGCAUAAUCCUUUGACAACAAAAGUAACUUGGAAAAAACAUUUUUUGAAUUCUUUGCAUGAAAAUGGAAAGUUUUUGAAUCGUGUCAAGCGUUUUCCUGAUUCUCUUUAUGAUGGGGGCUCUCGUAAUGGCUACAAAAGAAUUCCACCGGAAUAUGACGACUACAAUGGUGAGAGGACAAUAAACGCUAUACCGAAUGAACGCGGGAUUGUUAAAUACGACGUUGCUUAUUACAAUGGAAAAGACCAACAAAUUGCACCACAAUAUCAGUUUAGAAAUCUUUCUUUCAAUGAAACUGAACGUACAAUCAAUUUACUCACAGCUUUAGAAGAUGGCAAAUCAUUAAGCGUGUGGGUUAAAGCGUAUGAUGUACUUGGUAAUACAAACGAAGAACGUCUGGUUUUACAUUACGAUUCUUCCAAACCGUCCGUGGAAUCGCGAAAUCUUGAAUUGAAAAGAAAUGUGGGGAUUGAUAAAAUGGAUUAUAGAAGCAGAAUACAUGUAAUUGGAGCCACGGAUCCUCAUAGUGGAGUUAAGACCAUCAAAUACCGAUUUAUUGCUAAAAGUACAGGGAAGAUAAUAAAUAAUAAAGAAUAUGAAUAUGAAAAUCCAAAAAGAGACUCAAUCUAUUGCAACUUACAUCCCUGUGACGAAAAUUUACCGACUGGUGAGUCAUUCGGCAAGACUAUUGACCUUGACUUUGAGAACUGCUAUGCCAUGAACGUGAGUGACGUUUCUACCGAGGUAGUAAGAAUGGAGAUGGAUUUUUAUAAUUCAGCAGGGCUCUAUGUUACUCGACAUAUUGAGAUAGCCAAUCUCAAGUCACUUAAAGGUGUCAAUGAUUAUUUUGGGCCAACAGAUAUAAGAGUCGCAGAAACAUUGAGUGCAACAUCGGUGAAAAUCAUGUGGAACCAGGCACCGAGUUGUUAUAAUCAACAGGGCAUCGAUUUAACCUACAGAAAAGCUCAUAGCAAAGAUGAAAACUUGUUUAAAGUACACAAGAGUUCGGACUGGUUCACAAUGGUUAACUUGGACCUUUAA